AGUUCAUCAGCUGGUCGGCUUGUGCGUCUCUAACACCACGUCAAGUUUUGUACACAAUCACAAAAAUUCAGUUUCGGUUUCUCAACCUCUAGAAAUAAUUGAUUAAAAGAAAAACUUAGAAUCUGCUUGCUUUUGGCCUGCAGAAUGGCGUACGUCGAUCAAAAUGGUCGCUUGUGGGAAAAACGUCCUUGGGACCUGAGACGUGUUUUGGCCAUGUUCGUGGGCAUUUGGUUUGCCAUUAAGCAGUUGUUUGCAUCGUUCCUGGCUCCAUUCAGUGGAAAUGAUAAUAACGGAGACAAUUCUCGUCGAGGAAAUGGUUGGGGAAAUAGUUGGGGAGGCGGUGGUGGAGGAGGAGGUGGAGGUGGUGGCGGCGGAGGAGGCGGAAGCGGAGGAGGAGGUGGAUAUGGUGGAGGAGGACUUCGACCCAACCGUAGAAUCGGACGCAUCCAACCAUCCACAUCCUGCAGUGCCGGAGGAUGCUGCGGUUAGCAAUACCUAUUUUUCAAUCCUAAGAAACCAUCUCAUCUCGGCGUUGCAAUUUGAGAAACUAUAAAUGCCUGUUUCAAAUUUAUUAUAACUUUAGUCGUAAGGUUUUGGAUUCACUUAACACGAGUCACAAUAAAAAUAUAAUAAAUAUAAA